AUGGAGCAGAAUCCCGGUGCGGCGCCGACAUCACCCGAGGAGGAGAAGCUGUCGAUGGAGGGUCAUGAGGAGGCGGCGUUAGUGGUGCUCAAGAAGGGGCCGUGGACGACGGCGGAGGACGCCAUGCUGAUGGACCACGUUCGGCGGCACGGCGAGGGGAACUGGAACGCGGCGCAUAGUAUGACAAGGCUGCAGCGCUGCGGCAAGAGCUGCCGGCUGCGGUGGACCAACCACCUCCGCCCAAACCUCAAGAAGGGCUCCUUCUCCCCCGACGAGGAGCUCCUCAUCGCCCAGCUCCAUGUGCAGCUUGGCAACAAAUGGGCGCGCAUGGCUGCCCAUCUGCCGGGGAGGACGGACAACGAGAUCAAGAACUACUGGAACACGAGGACGAAACGGCGGCAGCGCUCUGGCUUGCCUGUGUACCCGCCGGAGGUGCAGCUCCAGCUCUCCCUCUCCAAGCGCAGCCAAUACGACGAAUUUUCACCGUUGGCGUCCGCGCAGCUAUCGGGCACCAAUGUCCGGAAGCUGGACGCAGGCAAUGCCGCAUCAGCUGGUUACACCACUUCCCGGCCGCCACCGCUUGACCUGGCUCGGCAGCUGGCCGUAACGAACCAGACGGUGCAAUUCCUUUCGCCACCGCCCUUCUCCGCGCCGUCGUCCCCGUGGGCCAAGCCGUUCGCCCGGAACGCGCACUACUUCCAGUUCGCGCACUCGUCGCCCGUGUCACCGUCGACGUCGACCGGGGUCACGCCGAACCUGUCCCUCGGGUACGGCCUGAGCACUGACCAGAGCAGACUACCCCCGCUCUCGCCGUCCCCUGGCCCCAGAGUGGAGCUCCCUUCAAGCCAAUUCCGCCAGGCGAUGCCGCCGUCCUCGUCCACCGCCGCCACCGGUGGCUUAGGCGGAGGAGGGCUGCAGGGCCAGCAUAACGCCGCGAGUCUGGAGAAGAUGCUGCAGGAGCUGCAUGACGCCAUCAAAGUUGAUCCAUCGGUGCCGGUGCUAGCCCCGGAGCACGCAGACGCCGAGCGCCCUGGCUGCGCUGUCCUGGAGCGGCAUGGUGGCAGAGAGAACAAAUUGGUAAGCCAGCUCAUGGACGAUGAGAUCGACACCCUGUUCGACCUGAUGAUCCCGACGCUCGUCGCACCGGAGACCGCACCGCCGGUCCCUGUACCCAAUCACUCCGGCUCGACUUCGCAACACAGCAGCGAUGACCAGGACCCGUCUUCCAAAGUCGACCUCGGCGUGGACCUGCCGGGCGGCGGUGGCGCCAGCUCGUCGGACCAGGACUGGAGCCUCGACAGCGUCUGCCAGUGGAGCAACAUGUCCAGGAUCUGCUGA